GGAAAUUUGUAGAUGCUGUAUGAAUAGCUCUUCGUGCCAAAUUGCACUUCCGGGUUUAAGAUCGACACCGUCAGCAUGUCCAGUAUAAUGAGUUUUAUAAACACUGAAUCCACAUAUUUUCCUUCAUAACUCAACGUCUCUUUACGGGGUAUUUUUGUUUAUAUUAUUAUAGUUACCUUAUUCCUUGAUGGACAUCAAACAUAUUUUUUCUUUCAGAAAAGAGGGUAUGUGUAUCCGAAAUUUGAGCACUAUCUUACUUUAUUUUCUGAUGGAACUCGACAGAUACAGGAGAACAAGGACACUUCUGGGUUUCAUCCUAUGAUAUUUGGUGAUUGCUCUGCUACGGUAAUGGUAGACAACAGAUACUGGACCAUACACCCACCAUCCAAAAACGUAUCCGAACCAGUAUACACAAACGCGGAUUAUGUACAUCAUCUAAACCCCAACGCAAAAAUUAUUGCCAUGUUGAGAAAUCCAGUAGAUAGAAUUUACUCUGAGUAUAUGUUCUUUAUGCACGGAAGUCCUGAAGAGUUCCAUGACCUGGUGAAAAAGAACAUUCUAUAUACACGAGAGUGCCUAAAAUAUAAUAGUUUACGCUACUGUUUCUACAAAGCGCCAGAUAAUAACACUCAGGCCGAGAUCAUGCUAGGGUGGGGUGUUUAUUUUCUACAUCUUAAAGAAUUCCUACGCGUGUUCCCAAGGAAACAGAUUUUUGUGAUCAAGCUAGAAGAUUUUUCUCAAAAUACAGUGUCAUACAUGAGGAGAAUCUUUUCAUUUUUAAAGAUACGGCAAUUACCAGACGAUCAGUUAAGGCAAAUUUCCAGUCCAGAAAAGCGGGCAAAUGAAAGGAAGAAAAGUGACAAAGAAAAGGGAGGGAUGUUAGUGGAAACCAGAAAAAUACUAGAAGAUUUCUAUGAACCUUACAAUAAACUACUAGUUGACCUCUUAGGGGAACAAUUUGAUUUCAACAAUUAAGGAUGAGCUUGUUUGUUUGGCGUGUAAAGGACGUUUUUAUAAAGAGGAAGUUGUUCAUCUGACGGGUGUUCAUUUAGAUUUUGUCUUUGAUUAUUUUAAACGUAAACUGCAUUCUUCUCCGCAAAUAAAUAACGACUUAGCUGGAUGGGUUCAAGGUGAAGCACAAAUAAUUCAAGUUUCACUUUCUCACGUCUAAUCAUUGAACCACACUGUUCAUUGCCUUGUGCUCGUUACUAAUAUAAUGAUCAUCUUGUAAAAUUUUGGUUGCAAUGUCUGUUUAAAAUAUUGGUCAUCUGUUUAUGGAACCGCAGGAUCGACCAUUCUACCUUAUUGACAUUCCGUAUCCUCCCGUCAAAUCAGGGAGUCAGUGGCGCAGUGGUUAGCAGUUUGGACUACAACGCCAGCGAUCCGCGUUCAAUUACCGGACCCGGAUCGAUUCCCGGUUGCGGCUACUACUUUAUAUGCUAAAUAUUGUAAAGAACAAUAGACAAUAGGAAAUAAUUUCCAUUGCAAAGCUUGUUUUUCAGUGCAAAGUGAGUUUCAAUAGACCUUGAAGAAAAAGUGUUUUCAAUGAUCGUUUGAAAGCAUCCAAGCUUUUAGCGUCUCUAAUGGUAGCCGGAAGAGCAUUCCAUAACUUCGGUGCAGCUGAUGAAAAACUACGGCCACCGUACCUCACAGUUUUGCUUUUUGGAACAACCAGUUGUUUUGAGUUGUUCUUGGAUCUCAAGUUUCUUGCUGGCUGAUAGAGUUCCAGCAAGUCUUUAACAUAGAACGGUGAUUGGCUAUGCAAUGCUUUGUAUGUGUGAACUAGAAUCUUAAAGUCCACUGUAUGAGUAACUGGUGCCCAAUGCAGUUCUUUCAAUACCGGCAUAACGCGAUAUUCUCGUUAUAAUUCGAGCUGCAGUGUUCUGAAGACUUUGAAGUCUAUUCAGCAAGACAUUCGGAACACCAUACAAGAGCGCAUUGCAAUAAUCAAGGCGUGAAGUGACGAGUGAAUUUACUAGAGAUUUUGUGGCAUCUGUAUUUAGAUAUUUCCUGAUGUGGCCUAUUUGACGUAGCUGUCCGUGCCCUGAUCUACAAACUGAGUUAAUAUGUUUUCCAUGCUCAUUUUGGAGUCUAGAAAAGCACCAAGAUUCCUUACACAUUUAGAUGGUUUAAUGUUCUCUUCUCCAAUUUUCACAGUAACCGAUUCAAUAUGUCUUUCGUUUCUUUGAGAGGUAAAUACAAUUGUUGUUCAUCCAAGAUACGAUUUCUACGAGACAGUUUUCAACACAGCGUAAAGCAUCUUUUUGAGAGACCGGAUUUGUUGGUUUGAAAGAUAAAUAAAGCUGCCCAUCGUCAGCGGCGUAAAAAUGAUGAUUUAGUCCAUGUUUCUUACAUAUUGUACCAACUGGUUUAGUGUACAUUGUGAAAAUUUUUGGUCCGAGAACGGACCCCUCUGGGACACUGUAUGUCAUUUGCACUGUUUUUGACAAUUUACCAUCUAUGGUCACUGUUUGGUAGCGGUCGCUCAGAUAUGAAGUUAUCCAUUCAAGUGGUUUCCCUACGAUACCAAGGCGUUGCAAUAGUGUCUUGUGGUCGAUGGCAUCGGAAGCAGCCGAACAUCACUAACAUUGUUACAUCAUUUUGGUCAAGGGAGUUGAGAACGUCAUUUUGAACUUUCAGUAAUGCAGUCUCAGUGGAAUGAAAUUUUCUGCAUGCAGAUUGGUGUUCUUCAUGGAGACUGUUCAAAGACAAGUGGCUUUCCAAACGAGCAUCGAGUACCUUUUCAAGUAUUUUAGACACGUACGGUAAAUUAGAUACAGGUCUGUAGUUCUUCAGAACAUUUGCAUCUAGAUCUGACUUUUUGAUGAGUGGUCUGAUCAACGAACUUUUGAAGGAUUUCGGUACAUAUGCUUUCUCCAAAGAAUAAUUGAUUAUUUUAGCGAGAGAUGGUAGUAGUUUUUCUAAGCAUUCUUUUAAAAGCCAUGUUGGAAGUGGAUCUAGCUCACAUGAUUUACUUGCAGAUUUUGAAAUAACUUUUUUCACUUCAUUCUCUGAGGCUGGAGUGAAUUCAACAAGUUUGUCUAUUUACGUGUUCGAAAUUUCCUCGGUGGUAACACCGGUUUGUAAGACUGUUUCACGAUCCGCUGUCAGAUUUGUGUUUCUCCAUUUGCGUUCAAGUUUUCGUUUCAAAUGUUUGGCUUCGUGUAGUUCUUCAUUAUACCAUGGACAAGUCGGUCUAAGCACUAUUGUUUUAGUAAGCCUAGGGGCGUGCUGGUCAACGAGUGAUAUCAAACUGUUGUUUAAUAAUUCCACAUGCUCGUCAACAUCAGAAAUUAACGUGUUCGUGUCAAUAAUCUCCGAAGAUUUUAUUUCGUUUUUAAAUGAUUCAAUGUCAAUGGAUUUCAACUUUCGGAAGAUCACAGUUUUCUUUAUUGGAGCAGGUUUUUUCUGCUUGAAUAUGAAAUAUCACAGCAAAAUGGUAGCGUGAUAUCUUCCCAUCAGAAUCAGGUAGUCCUGGGUCAGUAACUUCUAUAUUUGAUACAAUAUUUUCAGUGUCUCUUGUGAUAAGAACAUCCAAAGUAUGUAACAAGAAUAUACUGGCUAUACACAUUUAACCCCGUCAAUCCAUUUCCACAUGUUGCGUGAAUUUGUUGCGCAUAAUUAGAGGGUUGCAUUGGGGUUUGUUUUCACAU